UUGAUCGCCUCGAAGACAAGAUUGUCACCACUAAAAGCUAUAAGUAUACCACGACUAGAACUAAUGGGGGCGCUGAUUGGAGUUCGCUUAACCAAACAAGUCUCUACAGCUUUAGAAAUUCCUGUGAAAGAUUCAACCUCUUGGGUGGAUAGCAUGAACGUGCUCCACUGGAUACACGGACGAAGUCGAGAUUAUAAGCCCUUCGUUGCACAUCGAGUUGGAGAGAUCCAUGACGAAUCGUGUCCUGAUCAAUGGAAGCAUGUUCCAACGGAGUUAAAUCCUGCAGAUUAUGGUUCGCGAGGAAGGAAUGCAGCGAGAUGAAAAACAGUCAGCAGUGGUGGUUUGGCCCGGAAUUUCUGAAGAAAUCUAAAGAUGCAUGGCCUGAAGAAAAGAUCGAAAUAGAACUUAACUCAGUAAAGUGCAAAGAGUUGAAAGUCGAAGCACGAAAACAAGAGAGUGCGUCUACAAAUGACCAGUCCUUAAGUUUCAAUACAACGACCCCCAAGAAGCACAACAAUUAUGGCGUAUGGAUCAUUUACGAUAUUCGAAGUGGUACAGAGUAAACAAUGAGGACAAGUUGGAAUUUGGACUUUCGUUAGUACGAGUACGUUCGUGGGUCCACAGAUUCAUCAAUAACUGCCGUAGAUCAAGGGAAGAAAGCACUCAUGGAGAACUCACACCAGACGAGGUACGCAGCACAGAAGAAAUAAUUAUUCAAAAAGCACAGCACGAAAGUUAUCCUGACGAGAUCGAAGCUUUGAAGCAAAACAGAAAUCUACCAAAAAAGAGCUCUAUCCUUACGUUUACACCGAUAUUAAUGGACGGACUGUUAAGAUCAAACACAAGAUUACGUUACGCAGAACAUUUACCCAAUCGAGUGAA